AUGAAUCAAUUUGAUGAAGGAACAUAUUUAUCUAGAAUAAGACAAAGUCGAAAUAGAUCAAAAUAUAUUAAUAUAAAUGAAAAUGGAAAAACAUCCAUACAAUUACCUGAUGAUUAUACAAAAAAAUCUCAUGAAUUACGACGUUAUUGUCGAAAUUAUGUUCGUUUUCGAAAAAGUUCAUCACGUUCACGUUCACGCAAUAAUUUAAAAUUUUUUCAUAUACAUUCAUCAAUUGAUUAUCGAAAAAAAUUAUUCUUACUUGUUUUACAAAUAAUUUCUUUACUACAUCUAUGUUCUAUUAUUUAUUGUCAUCAAAGACAACUGUCAUUUACUGUGCAAUAUACAAUAAUAACAAUUGUUCUUUUCAAUAUUUUAACAUAUUGUUGUGUUCAAUAUGAUACACAACAAGCAGAACAUGGAGAAUUAUUAUUAGGUGAAAGUUCACUUCUAUUUUUACUCUGGUAUGGAGGAAUUAUUGGUGGAGGACUUGCAUUACUCAUUGAAAAACAUAAACAUCUUCGAAAAAAUAUUAAUUCAGCACAACUUAUUGCUGAACAUGAUUAUUAUGAUAUGGAGAAUAUACUUAAACUUGUUGUAUGGCAUAUAAAAAUAAUUAAUUCAAUGAGACAAUUAUUUCCAACAUGGUUCAAUGAACUUAGCUAUCGUUGUAUAUAG